AUGAGGCAUGACCUUGUGGGCUUGCCAGAAACGUACAAAUCAACCGUUGUACAGAAUGUGGGUAUGCAUUUACUAAACUUCAAGCUUUGGAUUAUUUGCUUUUUAAGAGGGUUUUUAAACUAUCACCGUCAGCAAACACGAGUAUCUAUUCCUGCAAAAACUAUAGCUGGAAAGGCUUCAAAUGCUAUAGUUACUCACAAAUCAUUCAGUCAAGCAGAACUUAGAGUAUCGUACUCAAUAUCUUAUGCUCGUAUUUCCGGGCCCAAAGCAAUGUACGGCCUAUUCGCAUUAGCCCAAAAACGAAACUUGAAUGGCAGUGAAUUGUACACCCAAUAUGAGCUAAAAGAAGAGCUUUGGAAAAAUAUGUUUGAUCUAGAUAAAGUUGAAAAGAAGCGACUUUGUAACUGUCCAAGUCUGUAUCAUGCUACUGCAGAAUCCAGCUCGGACAAGCAAAGUCGGUUUGCAUUUUCGCUAGGAACUGAUGGACAUAUGGCUUCCUUGCUUUUUGAAGGCACUAAACGAUUCCGUGUUCCUCAAAAUAAAGAAGAUUUACGUAUGCUGACAAGGCGUAUAGAUUUGUCUACAGUUAAACGUGGACUUUAUCCACUCUCCAAGAACCCAAUUGGCCUACAAAUAAAUGAUCGCUUAAUCGGUAUCGAUCCAAGUGUUCGGGAUAUAGUAACUGUUGUUGAUUGUGAAGAAAAUGUUAUGACAAACAAGCAAACGACAAAAAAGCACUUUUUCCCCAUUAGUUACAGAUCGUAUAAGUAA